UCAGAUGAAGAGCUCUUCAUCUCUGCUACAUUCUCCAGUUUUCUGCUUCUUCCUUGGAAUGCUAGUUGUGGUGGUAAUAUUGCUGAUUCUCAUAUUGAUCUUUAGGAAAUCUAUCAAACAAAAUAAGGUGGUGAAGUUAUUAAGACAAACUGGAACAACUCAAGCAUCAACAGAUUUGUUAAGCGAGAACCUGCAUUCAUUAAGUUACUUCGACUUUCACACACUGAAAAAGGCAACAAAGAAUUUUAACCCGAAAAAUCUUCUAGGCCAGGGAGGUUUUGGACCCGUCUAUCUGGGAACACUAGAAGAUGGAAGAAUGGUUGCAAUUAAGAAACUUUCACUUAACAAAUCCCAACAGGGAGAGCCAGAAUUUCUAUCAGAGGUCAGACUAAUAACAAGCAUCCAACACAAGAACCUUGUUCGCCUGCUUGGUUGUUGCUCUGAUGGGCCUCAACGGCUACUCGUGUAUGAAUAUAUGGAGAACAGGAGUUUAGAUCUCAUAAUAUAUGGUGGAAGUGACCAAAUCCUCAACUGGAACACCAGAUUGAAGAUUAUCAGAGGCAUUGCCAAAGGGUUGCAGUAUCUACAUGAGGAUUCCCAUCUAAGAAUUAUUCACCGAGACAUCAAAGCAAACAACAUUCUUCUUGAUGACAAAUUUCAACCGAAGAUUGGUGAUUUUGGGCUGGCUAGGUUCUUCCCUGAUGACCAAGCAUACCUAAGCACUACAUUUGCUGGAACUCUAGGUUACACAGCGCCGGAAUAUGCAAUUAGGGGAGAACUGUCAGAGAAGGCAGAUGUAUACAGCUUUGGAGUUCUUGUGCUAGAAAUCAUCAGUGGCAGGAAAAACACAAAUCUUUCUUUACCAACCGAAAUGCAAUAUCUUCCUGAAUAUGCAUGGAAACUAUAUGAGAGGUCUGCACUCACCGAACUAGUGGAUCCAAGGAUGAAGGAUGGUGGAUAUUUGGAGAAGAAUGUAGCACAUGCAAUUCAGGUUGCUUUGUUAUGCCUUCAACCUCAUGGAAAUCUAAGACCUGCAAUGUCUGAGAUUGUUGCUAUGCUAACAUACAAGUUUGAAAUUGUUCAAACGCCUUUGAAACCAGCUUUCUUGGAAAGAAGGCAUAGAAGGAACAUAGAUCUCUCGUUGACUAAUCAUGCAGAUACCACUCCAUCUCCUUUACAGUGAAGGCAAUGAAUGCCAAUGCCUACUUAGUCAUG